AGUGCUUGGGGUAUAUAAACCCGACAACGAGCAUUUAUUCCCGAGACACGACCCAAUCAUCGUUACAUACGUACAUUACGGUUUUUUCUUACAAUUAUAUAUCGCGUUUAAAUAUAUAUAUAUUUUAAAUAUUGUUGUUUUUUUUAUUUUAUAUAAAUAAAAAAAGUUAUUACAAUAAAAGUUUAAGUUUAAAAAUAAAAAACAUUUGUGUAACAAGUUGUAAGGAGUCAAGUUGAGUUUAAUCAAAGUAAAAUAAAUAAAAAAAAAAAUCAAGAUGAAACUUUUUUUGGUUGUUGCAUUAUGUGCAUUUGGAUUGAGUGGAGUAUUGUCAAUGCCAGUUUCUGAAACAGGAACACAAGAAUCACUUUCAGUUGUUCCACUUGAUUCAUCAUCUGUUCAACAUGUAUUGAGACGUGAGACACCAUCACCAGCAACAGAUAAUCAAGCUGAUAAAGAAGUAACAAAAUCAAUUGCACGAUUUGAUGAUAAAUUAAUGGAAAUGACAGAAGAUAAAAUUGAAGAACCAAAGAAAUCUGAUGAAAAAAUUUUAGAAGAACCAAAGAAAGAAGAGGCAGCUGUUAAAACAGAUAAUAUACAAAAAAUUAGUGAAACUGUUCAACCAAAAGAAGCUGUACGUUCAGUAACAAUUGAAGAAAGUGAAACACUUGUUCCAGCAUCAGCUGUAGUUCCAGCAGUGGUUCCACCAGUACAAGAGGCAGUAGUUCCCCAAGUUAAAAGUGCUGAACCAGUAGAAGCUGUCAAUGUCGAUGCAAAGCCUGAACAACAACCAAUUGUAGAAAAACCAGUUGAUACAGUCGCAUCAGUUCCAGCAGUUAAAGCAGCUAUUACUGAAGAAGCUCCUGUUGUUUCAUCUGGUGAUGUAAAAUCAUCACCAGUUGUUACAGAAACAGCUGAAAAACCAGCAUCAAUUGCAUCAGCUCCAGUUGAAUCAACAGUAUCACUUGCAGCAGCAGCAUCAGAAACUCAAUCAGUUGAAAUACCAAAAAUUUCAGCAAGAUCAGAAAUUAAAGAAGCAGAAGUAGCUUCAUCACCAGCAGCAGCACCAGCACCAGCAGCAGCAGUAGCAGCAGUAGCUGAACCAGAAAAACCAGAAGAAAAAAAAAUUAUUCCAACUGAUAGAGUAACACGUGGUACUGAAGGACCAGUUGAACAAGUAUCAUCAGUAUCAUCAGUAUCAUCAUCAGAGCCAGCAGCAGCAAAAGCUGCACCAGCACCAGAAACUCCUGAAAUUGCAACAACUCCUGAAGUUUCACAGCCAGAAAAACCAACAGAAGAAAUUAAAACUGAACAAGUUAAAAAAAUUGAAACAAGCUUGCCUUCAGAAUCUGAAUCAGCAUCAGUAAUUGCACCAAAAGAAUUAAAUGCAACUGAAUUAGAAAAAAAAGAUGAAAUUAAAAUUGAAGAACCAAUGACAUUACCAACUGAAAAAUCAUCAUCUGAUAUUAAAAUUAAUGCUAAUGAAAAAUUAGAAGAAAUUAAAGUUAAAUCAACUGAGCCAGAAGCACCAAAAGAUAUUGAAUCUACAUCUGCUAAAAAAAUUGAAACUGUUGAACCAAAAAAAGAAUUAGUUAGAUCUGUAGAUAAUGAUUCAUCUGAAGAAAAAUCUGUCGAAUUAGAUGAUAAUUCUGAGGAAAAAAAAGAAGAUAAAGUAGAAACUAAAAAAGAAAUUAAAGCAGAUGAUGUAUCAUCUGAAUCAUCAUCUCAAACAGAAAAAAAAGAAGCAUCAAGUGAAGCAGCAGCAUCAUUAGCAUCAGCUGAAAUUCAAAAUACUAAACAAGAAAAAAAAAUUGAUGCUAAGGCUGAAGAACUACCCAAACCAGAAGAGUUCAAAGAAAGAAAGUAAAAAAAAAAAUUAUAAAAUUGAAUAAAUAAAUGCGAUAUUAUUAUUAUUAUUUUAUUUUUUUUUUAUCAUAAAAGAAAGAUAAUCUUUUUUAAUUUUUUUAAAAAUGAAUGAAUGAUAUUUUAUCGUGUGGUUUUGCGUGUGAGUGUUAGGGUUUACUUGACUGAAUCAGUGGGUUUAUAAAUUCAUUUUU